GGGGCGGAGGGGCCGGCGAGCGCGGCGCUUUAUCUUCGCCCGCGGCGGGGCCGGCUGCGUCGCUGGCCUUGGGCGCCCGGCGAGCCUCCCGCCGCCCAGCGUCCCUCCCGCCGGCCGCGCCGUGAGCGCUCCCCGGCUUUGCCCUCCCUGCCGAGGCCCCCGCCGUCGCGCUCCGGCCCCAGACAGUACAAUGGUGGGCGAAGAGAAGACGUCUCUAAGAAAACGGCUGUCAAAGUCCAGGGAAAAUUCUGAGGAAAAGGAAGACCAGAGAAGCCCUUCAAAGGAGUCUCUAGAGACACCUAGCAAUGGUAGGAUUGACAUAAAACAGUUGAUGGCAAAGAAGAUACAGUUGACAGCAGAGGCAGAGGAAUUGAAGCCAUUUUUUAUGAAGGAAGUUGGCAGUCACUUUGAUGAUUUUGUGACCAAUCUCAUUGAAAAAUCAACAUCAUUAGACAAUGGUGGGUGUGCUAUCACAAGCUUUUCUGUUCUUGAAGGGGAGAACAACCACAGAGCUAAAGAUUUGAGAGCACCUCCAGAACAUGGAAAGAUUUUUGUCGUGAGGCAAUCUCUGUUAGAUGAGCUGUUUGAGGUGGACCACAUCAGAACAAUAUAUCACAUGUUUAUUGCCCUCCUCAUUCUCUUUAUCCUCAGCACACUUGUAGUAGAUUACAUUGAUGAAGGAAGGCUGGUGCUUGAGUUCAAUCUCAUGUCUUAUGCUUUUGGCAAACUUCCAGUUGCUAUGUGGACAUGGUGGUCCAUGUUCUUGAGUACACUUGCAGUUCCGUAUUUCCUCUUUCAACGUUGGGCCAGAGGCUACAGCAAGAGUUCUCAUCCAGUGGUCCAUUCUCUAUUCCAUUGCUUCCUUUUCAUGGUCUUUCAGAUUGGAGUUCUAGGUUUGGGACCAACAUAUGUUGUCUUAGCAUAUACAUUACCACCAGCUUCCCGGUGCAUUGUUAUACUUGAACAGAUUCGUUUCAUAAUGAAGGCCCAUUCAUUUGUCAGAGAGAAUGUGCCUCGGGUACUAAAUUCAGCUAAGGAGAAAUCAAAGACUAUUCCGGUACCCACAGUCAAUCAGUACUUGUACUUCCUGUUUGCUCCGACCCUCAUCUACCGUGACAACUAUCCCAGGACUCCCAGUGUAAGAUGGGGUUAUGUUGCUAUGCAGUUUUUACAGGUUUUUGGUUGCUUUUUUUAUGUGUACUACAUCUUUGAAAGGCUCUGCGCCCCCUUGUUUCGGAAUAUCAAACAGGAGCCCUUCAGCGCUCGAGUUCUGGUCCUAUGUGUGUUUAACUCCAUCUUGCCAGGUGUGCUGAUGCUGUUCCUAAUGUUUUUUGCCUUUUUGCACUGCUGGCUCAAUGCCUUUGCUGAGAUGUUACGGUUUGGUGACAGGAUGUUUUAUAAGGAUUGGUGGAACUCUACGUCAUACUCUAAUUAUUACAGGACCUGGAACGUGGUGGUUCAUGACUGGCUGUAUUACUAUGCUUACAAGGACUUUCUCUGGUUUUUCACUAAGAGAUUCAAAUCGGCUGCCAUGUUAGCUGUCUUUGCUGUGUCUGCUGUAGUGCAUGAGUAUGCCCUGGCUGUUUGCUUGAACUUUUUCUAUCCAGUGCUUUUCGUGCUGUUCAUGUUCUUUGGAAUGGCUUUCAACUUCAUUGUCAAUGAUAGUCGGAAAAGGCCUAUUUGGAAUGUUAUGAUGUGGACUUCUCUUUUCGCCGGCCAUGGAGUCAUCCUGUGCUUUUAUUCCCAAGAGUGGUAUGCACGGCAACACUGUCCUCUAAAAAAUCCCACAUUUCUGGAUUAUAUCCGGCCACGUUCCUGGACUUGUCGUUAUGUGUUUUAGAAGCUUGGACUCUGAUUCAUUCCUUGACAUUGAAGAUGGCUACUCUUCGUGAUAUGGGGCCAGCAUCCAUUUCCAGCUGUUCCUGAAGUUAUCUGUGGUAUUUGGAUCACUCCACACUUAUGGAUGGCUUGCUCCACUCCUAGGUCAGCUGAGAUGUUGGGAGUUUACUGGAAUCUUGUGCACUUAAAGCAGAACUUUUUUUUUUUCUUUUCAUUUUUGCCUUUUUGGGAGAAGGGAGACUUGUAGCUGACAUAAUGACAGUUUUGCUCAGUUUCUGUUUUUUGACUCCAUCUAAACAUCGAGACUAAACAUCAUGUUUCCUUAGCCACUGAGUUAGCCAAAACACUUAGGAAGAAAUCAUUCAAAUUUUUUGGGCUUCAGAAAUUUUUUUCAGGCACACUGUUGGAAUGUAUGCUAAUUAGCUGUGUAUUUAGGGAAAGAAAUAAGGUGGAAUGUUUUGCUAUUUCUAGUAGAGCAAAAACCUCUAGUUUCCAAAGAUAAUCUCGUUAUACAUUCUAAUUGUAUUUUUCUUUUGAGAAAAGUUCAGUUCUACUCAGUUUUUACCUUUUCUUUAUGAAGUAUAGGUCAUGAUUUCUGUGAAGCAGAAUUACACCUUUCACCUUGAGUUUACAUCCAAAAUAUUACAUAUUGAGGGAACAGAAGUAGGAAGGGAAAAAGAAAGAAGUGGCACCAGACAAAAAAAAAGACAGUUCCUUUUAUAACUUCCAAAGUAAUUUUUAAAAAAGAUUUGCUGAGUCAAUCAUGUGUUUAAAUUAUUUUAUCUUGGAACCUCUGUGGAAGGCAACAUUUUUAAAUUUAAACUUUAAUAACUUUUGGGAAGUUAUGCAGUACCCUUUCUUUGUUAAAUACUGACUUGCAAUAUUUUGCAGACUAGUAAGUCUGUAACAUAUAAGUAUUAGUCACCUCCAUUAAUAUUAAAGUGAUUUUUAAAGAUACAGAAGCUGGCUUCUGCACUGCUCUAUUAUUACACUUUCAAUGGUAGUAUACUUUAGAUGAAUUAAUCAUUUUCAAGAAAAUGUACUCUGUUAUGUGAUGUUUCCAUGUUAUAAGAUGCCCAUUGCUAAUACAGUGUGGUGUGCAGGAAUUAUUUUGUUUAUAUGUUUGAGGAAUGAUUAAUUGUUUGUAAAGACCAAGUAUUUGGAAUGGGAUAUGAAAGUGGCUGAAUCUUCCACUCAAAGAAAUGAGACUUAAAGAAUUACCCAAAAGAUGAUUUUUAUUUGGAGUAGCCAACUUGAGAAGCUGUGUUGGUAUUCUAAUAGCCUUACUUCCUAUCCAAAAAGUUUUGGGACAUCUCUUUGGGAUUCUUUUAAAGUUAGUUUGAGUGUCAGAAGAAGGUGAAUGGAGUUUUUAGUAUGAACAACUUAAUUUGGACAAGUACCCAGCCUCUUUACCUGUUUUAUUCAAGUACCUCUGAUCCAGAUGAGAUUAUGCAGUUUUCAGAGAUCUAAUGCAAUUUUAACAGACAAAUGUGCGUGUUAUCAGGACAUUUUUAAAAAAGUAGUUCACAUGUUCCCAAGCAGUAAUUGUAUGGUGGUGACAUAAUUGUGAUGGGGCCAUCACCUCCAAACAAGACUGCUUUAAUAAACCUUUUAAUCUCUGGGAUUUUUAUGAAAAAUUAAAAUGAGUCACUUGAAUUUAUAACUACAUUUUAAAUAUAAUGAGGGAGUUAAGAAAAUCAGAUUGGUCUAAGCCUUGUGUAUGAGUAAGUCAUCAAAUGAAGGCAGAGAAUGGAACUCUUAGAUCUGUAUUUCUGUUGAAAUUCAGCUGUAAAUGUAACAUUCUCAUUGCUUAUUCACUUUGUUGCUCUGUACUGGUUGUGAAUAUUAUAUUUAUUGGAUUGAACGCUGUUUCCAGCUCUCAUCUUCCCUUUAUUAGUGAUUUUAUUUUUCUGUCCAAGACCUUGAGGUGACAACAAAAAAUAUGUUUAAAACUAAAGACUCUUUAGAACAGGUAAGACUGCCCUAAGAAAUUUUCACAAAACGCUUGGAGUAGUAGCUACUUUUGAGAAACUAGUUUGAUAGCCAUGGUCUUACUGUUAGCUGCUCUUGGCAAAAGUCUGUUUAUUUGAACCACUACCUGCACUCCUAAAUAAAUUAAAACUUCUGAUGUGUUUCAGGAAGAUUUACUGAUUUUUCCUCUUUUGCUAAUAGGGGUGAAAAUUAGUUACAGGAGGAUACUUUGUUCUUUUUGAAAAGGAAAGAGUUUAAAACUUCUUUCCUACAAGAACUCUUAAUGAUAGUAGCCUUUAUUGUGGGUAUUUUCUCUAGGACAACGGUUAAAUCUCAAAUUUUGUUAUAAAUCUGUUAGAUGCUUUCAUUCUCAGUCCUGAAUAGUGAAGGAAAAGGGAGUGGUUUGUUUGUUUUUGGUGGCUUAAUCUCCUGCCUAAGGGAAGUUGCUUGCUUUAUGUUAGAAUUAAUAAUUAGAAAAUUGAGGCUCCUUUUAACCUUUCAGUAACUACUUUUUGCUUUUGGAAGCAUGAGGAGUGCAGAAAAUGUUUUUUCCUUUCAGUUUGUAGGGUAAGAGUGAGGGACGUUGGCAGGUAAAGAAGGUACAUUGUGUAAAUAUUCUCUAAUUGCAAAUGCAGAUUAUGUUGUACAAGUCAUUCAUUUAGUGUAGGCAGUUUCCAAUGAAUUUUAAAAUUAUACUUGCCUGAAGAAUGGAAUCCUGAAAACCUAACAGAACAUUAUGUAUAAGGUUGGUCAUGUGGGUUAUGCAGCCCCAAAAGUUAAGUCCAGUUCAUUGUUUUGUAUGGGGAAAAAUAAUGAAGGUAAAGGAACAUAACUGUAGUAACCAGUGGCCUGAUGUACUAUGUUUCAGUUAUGAAACCAUUAAAAAAAUUGUUACAUUUAAUCCUAGCAUGCAAAACAGAUAAAACAUAGCUGCCGCUGGUUGAGACUGAGAUGCAGGGCUGGAGUCCUAUUGUUUGGGACACCCAUUGUCUCCUACCCCCAAAUAUCCAGUUAGAAAACCACUGGUGCAGCAAAAAGGAAUGCGAUGUUUGACAAAGAUAGCCCCAUCCUACUGGCAGUGUGACAGUGGGCACAGUUGCUUCAUUUAUCAGAGCCACAGUUUUCCUCAUCUGUAAAAUGAGGGCAAGAGCUACCUCAUAGGGUUGUUGCAAAACACUAGCCCUGGCAGAAAAUGGGCCUCAUUAUCUUCUUACCUUCCAUAAAUUCUAAACCUGAAUCCUCAUCAUCUCGUUGGAAUCUUUUAAAAAUGCGAAUGUUUUCAAAUGCUGCACAUUCCUGAGAAUAUGUGCUUUUAAAUAGACUCUGUAUGAUGUGAAUCCCCGUCCUACUUUGACGGAUACAAUAAGCACUCCCAUAAUGGAACCGACAAGAAUUUAACAAGAGUUUUAAAGGCACUCAUGUUUCCACCUCCAAAAUUAGUUUCUUCUUUAUCUGUUUAGCAUAAAGGUAAGCUUCUAAAAAGAAAAGCAUCUCUGCUUUCCCCUAGGUAUUAAACUGUUAGAACUACUGUGUACCUUGUAGUUAAAUUUUAGAAUUUAUGGAGAGGAAGGAAACUAACGAAGUCUUACUUUUUGCCAGUGUAAAGAAUGCUUAUAGUCUUGGAAGGCAAAAUUCUUAAUGGAAGAUAGUUCAUUCUUUUGUUAAUAACGUGUAAUGGACUCGCUUACUAAACUUGUGCAAAAUUUUAUGUGACAUAUAUAUAGUUUAUAUAAUACAGUUUACAUAUACGUGCAUAUAUACUAUCAGAAAGAUCUGUCUUGGAUAUUGUUUUAUGUAUCUUAUCUCUAGGCUUUAUGUUUAUGGCUCAAAAAUAGAAACUGGGACAUAACGGUUUUGAGGAAUAAAAUGAGUAUUAUUAGUAAAGCUGAUAAUAAGCAUUUGAGUAUUCGAACAUCACUAAAAUUUCUAUCAGGUAAUAGAAUUUUGGAACCCAGUUUAUAAAGGAGGUAAAACACAACUUCAACUCUGGUUAAAACAGGGAGAAUGGAGUCCUUCCUGCUUGGUCUGCCCAUGCUCUUUCUCAUCCUAAAUUUAAUGUCCUGCUUGUACAAUUUUACAGUUUUAUCAUUAUUGAUGUUCAAUCUAUAUAAUCUUCAAAGCCCUUAAUAAAGUUUUUUUUUCCUGUAAAGCAUAAAGACUUUUUAAUAGCUAAUUUGGAUUUGAGAAAAAGAAAGGGUUAAUCUCAGAAGUGAUACAGUUUAAAAACUAAAACUGUCUCUUCUGUAUUCCUUUUUCUAAAUGCUUUCUUCCUUAUUUCAACAUUAUAUUCACUAUUUCUGCUGCCCAUAUGCCCUUCCCAAGGGAGUGCUAACCUUUAAGCUAGCAGAUACUCCACUGUGCUUUUGGUGUUCGUUUGUUUUAAUGACGUGGUAGGUGUUCUUAUUGUUUUAAAUAACUGAGACAUGAGGCAGUUUGUGCAUGCAAGCAAUUAGGGAUAUAAUUUGAAUUCCCAUGUGCGCAUGUGCCAAUUCUUGGGUGAGAUGAGAGCUCCAACUCCAGCCGUGGCUCUACCAUUUGGGCCAGUGUGACGGCUUCCUUCCCAUGUUUACACUUACCUAGCUUGCGCUUUAAAUCCGUCGUGUUCUGAGCGCAGCCGAAAGAUCAUGGAGAUCUGAGGUUGUUUUAAAGGUUUUUCUAUAAUUAAAGAUGUUUUUUUUCUAAGUCACUUGUGUCUGCUCUUUUCCUGAAUUCUACUCAGGAGUCUCCCCUGAACGCCCUGCCCUGUUUGUAUAAUCACUGGUACUCUCACUUUGUUCAGUAUGCAUUGUCUUAAGAUUAACUUAAAAAUCUACAUAGAAAAUGGCAAAAUAUUGCAUAUGUGAAGAAUGUGGUAAAUAAAUAUAUUUGGAAAGAA